AUGAAGAACAAUAAAGAAAUUAAUGAAAAUGAGGAUAGUGAGCAGACGGUAUGCGGAGAAAUUAGGGAAAGGGUAGAGCAGAUGGUAACGGUGUCGAAGGAUAUAAAGAAAUUUGUGUUGGAUGAUUCAAACAAGAUUUCUAAAGCAGCGUCGUCAUAUAUUUUAGAUAAGGUAUCAGUAAUGGAGGAAAUUAUAAGUAAAUUGAUAGCGGAGAGAGCGGAAGCUAGAGGUAGGGCGGAGGAAUGUAGAGCGCUGGUAAAGUUAAUGGCGGUGAUGUCUAAUGUAACUAAUACAUCUGUACCACAGGCUAGUGUGAGUAGUAAGGUGGUACAGCCUGUAAAACAAAAGGUGGAAGUGAAGACAUUUGCGGUAGCAGUAGAGAGUGAUAAAGGAGAGAAAGUAGAAGAGAUAAUGAAGAAGGUAGACGAAAUGAGUAGGGAUUUGAAGACGGUGAGAGUAAGGACGGCAAACCCGCCUCCGCACCGGUGUCCAAAGUGCGGAAACGGUUGCGAGACUAAUGGGGGGCUGCAGAAGCACAUGAAACUAUGCGGAACCAGAGACACGACAAAAUGUCAGCUCUGUGAAAGAACCUUCCCCACGUUCCAGGGGGUCAGGCAGCGCGAGAAGAAGGCGCAUCCCGACCUGUACGCGAAAGAGAUGGAAAAUAGCCUGCCGAGGCCGGAACAUGAGCUUCUCGAGACCCUAGCGGACAUAGAGGUCUCCACGCUGAAGGGUAAACCUUUCCCAAGGGGAAAACAGAAACUUGUCCCCAUGGCACCAAGAGCAGCUACGACUACCCCUGGAACGGGGUGCGAAGAACUAGAUGACUCCGUCUAUGGAAUACCAAGAAGCUCCCUGGACCCCAUAGAGGUCCCAGCUGUGCUGCCCAUAGCCAGCAGUCCCGGGAUACACUCCUCCCAAAUCCCGGGAGCCUCCACUGGGAGGAUACCAUGGGCAGCACCAGUCAACGACAGCGACAGUGACGACUCGUUGAACGAACCUCCCCCCAAUGGCGCAAAAAUCAAAAAAACGUGUACGGCUAGAGGAUACCCCAUCACCGGGGGCACAUGCGCCCCCAAGAAGACCACGAAUCGAGUACUCGACGACAGCAGGUCAAGAACCCUCCCCAACUCCACCAGAAGUUCGUCAGUUGAGUGA